AUGUCUAACCAAGGAGAUGACUGCUACUUCUAUUUCUAUUCCACAUGUAACAAGGGAGACAGCUGCUCCUUCCGCCACUGCGAAGCUGCUCUGGGAAAUGAAACAGUCUGCACACUCUGGCAAGAGGGUCGCUGUUUCAGGAAUAUCUGCAGGUUCAGGCACAUGGAGAUCGAUAAGAAACGCAGUGAGAUUCCUUGCUACUGGGAGAACCAGCCAGUGGGCUGCCAAAAAUCCAACUGUGCUUUCCAUCACACCAAAGGACGUUACGUUGAUGGACUCUUCUUACCUCCAAGCAAAACUACACUUCCAAGUCCACCUGAGUCUGUGGAAGACGAUGUUAAAAUGCCUCCGAUGUCACUGCAGCAAAACAAACUUUCUGUUCAGUCAAAUCCCUCUCCCCAGCUGAGGGGGGUGAUGAAAGUGGAAAACUCUGAAAAUGUCCCAAGUCCUACACACCCUCCAGUUGUAAUCAAUGCUGCAGAUGAUGAUGAAGAUGAUGAUGACCAGCUUUCUGAAGAAGGGGAUGACAUUAAAAUGGCCAUCCAGCAACCAGCAGCAGAAACCCAUAAUGGAUUGCGGAUAAUUUCCACUAGGAAAUCAAGUGCUAAUUCCAAGCAAGAUGACAAUUUAAAUUUCGGAAUAAAAACGCUUGAAGAAAUCAAAUUGAAGAAACUAAAGGAAAAAACAAAAAAACAAGAAGGUCCUUCAGGAGUUUCUGUUCAUCCCCUUCAAUCUCGGACUAUUCCUGUGCCAGAAAAGGAGAAUGUACGGACGGUAGUGAGAACUGUGACACUGUCUGCAAAGCAAGGGGAGGAGCCUGUGAUUCAGCUGAACAUUGCUGAGAGACUGGGCAAACGGAAAGCCUCCACAGCUGUUAAAAGUGUCUUUCCACUGAAGCGCAACCUUGCUGAAAGGCUGGGGAAGAAGAUAGACAUGCUGGAGAAUGCUGACAAAGCCCCCAAGAGAGUUCAAGUCCCCAAGUCUCUGAAGGAGAGACUAGGAUUGCCCUCUGAACAGACCAGCACAGAGACAGAGAAGGCUGCUAAGCCGACAGGAGAGAUCCAUGUGAAAACACUGGAAGAAAUUCGCCUUGAGAGAGCUACUCAGAGACGAGGAGAACCUCCAGCUAAAGCCCAGGCUGAAGGACGUUGUAAACCGGAAGAUCCCAGCUCGGGGGCAAAACCUUCCCCUGCUGUUCGCAUCAAAACUUUCUCAGGAGCCCUGGCUGAAAAAAACCAGAAGCGCUUGGAAGAAGAGAAGCAAAAACCAGAAGAGCUUCCGACCAAGGCAAAAGCUGAGGGGGAGCCUAAGAAGCAGAGCGUGCUGGCUCCAUCUGUGCCCAGCAGAGUGCCGCUGGCAGAGCCAGCGGGGAAAGCCAAGCCAGGGGAAGUGCGUAUUAAAACCUUGGAGGAAAUCAAGCAGGAGAAAGCUCUGCGGCUGCAGCAGAGUGGAGAAAAUGUGCCAGCUCCACCAGCACAACCCGAACCUGCCCCGACAGGGAGGAGAUUGUUACGGAUCACCAAGCUGAUAGCACCUGGAAGAGAAGAAAAGAAGGUGGUGGAAUUGAGCAAGCCUUCUUCAAAAGCUGGCUCUACACCUGCAGAGCUCUCUGAUCAGAGCACAACUAAUUCUAAAGUUCAAGUGAAGAACUUUGAAGAGAUAAUGAGGGAGAAGCGGCAACUGAAACACCACCAAGAAGAGAAGCUUCAGAAGGAAGUAGCUUCUGUGCCUUCUUCCAUUGAAAAAACCAUCAAGGAUAAAACUCCACCAUCAGGGAGCUCUGAAGCCACUGUGGCUUCAGGGUCAGCACAUCACCUUGUGAAGAAGACACUGGUGAAACCUCUGGAAGAUGGGGUUGAAAGCCCAGGGAAGGAAGCUGCUGUAUCACCAGGGAAACAGGCAGUUCCACUGCAGGAACGGAAAGCUAAGACCAAAUCCAAGGCGUGCCUGAAGGCUCCAGAUGGGAAAACCACCUCUCCCACAAAGCAUACCCUGAAGCGUAAGGCAGCCGAGAGUCACCCCUCUGCUGUGGCAGCUGUGAAGCCCUUGAGUACCACGGGUGGUGACACGAAGGAGCCUCCAGCUAAAAAAGCAGCUGUGGCUGUUGUUCCUGCUUUGCCAGAGGACAGCCUUGUCUCCAUACCUGGGGGAGAAAAACCCCAAACCAGCCCAGAGCUGCACAUGGGAAGCCAGGCAGACUCUGGGGCACAGUCAGAACUCUCAAGCUCAACUUCAACUUCGUCCCAAGUGGCGGUGAAGACGCGCCGGCUGAGCUCCACUGGCGCUGGGAAAGCACCUUUGUCUGUAGAAGAUGACUUUGAGAAGCUGAUUUGGGAAAUCUCAGGAGGGAAACUGGAAGCAGAAAUUGAUCUGGACCCAGGGAAGGAUGAGGAUGACCUCCUCCUGGAACUGUCGGAGAUGAUCGACAGCUGA